UAUGGUGAUUCCUUGCUCCCUUAUAUAUGAAAAGUGGACUGAGGAAAAUAAACAAUGUUAUAUAAACAUGCAGAUGUAAUUGCCCAAUCACUGGCAUACCUGCUGGUAAUCUUAAAAUGAUUGAAUUACACAACUUUUUGAAUGUUUUUCUAUACGCCACUGGUCGGGGAUAUAAGCUACAAUACCAAGUUUGAUUUUCUAUAAUUGUUGUCACCUCACUGAUGUUGUUGAUUGUAACCAAUAUACAAUGUUAUUUCAUCAUCUGCGGACAUAUUGGAUGAAACAGUUUCACCGGUAUAGAGCGUCGUAUCUACGGAACAAUGGUUGCUAAGCGAAACGGGACAUCGAUAAAUACUAGCGGGAUCUUUAGUAUUUCUAUUCCUGAUAUUAUUGAUGUUAGAGGUGGAAAUUAAAUAUAGAUCUUUCGAAAGAUAUUGCACUUAAACACUUCAAUUAUUUCUUUACUGUUUUCUUCUUGGUUAUAAGACGUGAAAUGAGGAAUACUAAUAAAAAGCAACAUAGAAAGUUAAAAUAAUAUCUGAAUUGCAUUAAAUGUGCAGCUAUGUGUGCCGUCAGAUACUUUAAUUCUACUUCUGUAGAAUUUAAAUUUGUAUUUAUUAUUUACAUAGCAUUGGAUUUUGUGAGAUACGCGAAUAAUUAGUUUUUAUAUAUUAUCUACAAAGUUUGGCAAUAAACAGUGAAAAUCAUUCAGCUAAAAUGUCAUUGAAUUCAAGUUAUUUAAGUAAUACUUUAGCAGAUACGUAUAACUGGGGAGUGAUAUUGCUCGUCCCUAUCAUACUGUUUGGAAUCACGGGUAAUGUUUUAGUGUGUAUGGCAGUUUCGAUGGAAAAACGUUUACAGACUGUGACAAACUACUUCUUGUUUUCAUUAGCGGUGACAGAUCUUCAUGUAUGUAUCAUUGUUAUGCCAAUCAGCAUCAUGAACGACUUCUUUGGAUACUGGAGAUUCAGCCACAUAUUAUGCAGUGUUUAUACUACAUCAGAUGUUCUAAUGUGUACUUCAUCAAUUCUACAUCUUUGCAGUAUCUCUUUGGAGCGAUAUCUUGCAAUAAGGAAUCCUUUACAGUCUCGCAACAAAUCAAAGUCGAUAGUGCUCCUGAAAAUAAGUCUUAUAUGGAUAACUGCGUCGGCCAUAUCCAGCCCAGUCACGGUACUUGGUGUUCUUGAUCAAUCAAAUAUUUUGAGUGAUAAACAGUGUAUGUUAAGGAAUAAAGGAUUUAUUAUCUACGGAUCAAUUCUUGCCUUUUUCAUUCCGCUUGUAAUCAUGGUAGUUUCCUACGGGCUUACAAUCAGAUUGUUAUAUAAACAGUCUAAACUGUAUGAUCCAAGCGGAAACCCGGAACAAUCUGGUGAACCGAUUUUACGCAGAGUGAAAUCUAGCCGUCAACAUUGUAAAGAGGAUUUAUCCCCCUCUCAAGUAAGGCGAAGUUUUUCAACUUCACGUGACGACUUUCAGUACGAGAUGUGUUCUAGAAGCGGAAGUCGAAUUCAUAUAUCUCAGUGUGGAAAGGAGUUACCAAUUUCAAGUUUUAUACCUCAGUCAGCCUCUUGUAACGUUGUUUGCUCGUCUGCUGUAUCUCCAGUGGCCGACUCUAGCAGAUGUUUUCUUAGUGUACCUGGUCAUCACAAAAAUGGUACGUCAUCAGAAUCACUCAUAAGUGACAAUGAGACUUAUUCGGACGAUGACGGUAAAUCAUGCUCUCAUUUCACACCUGCUGCAGAAAUGAAUAGAAAAGGCUCACUUCGUCAGGUAAUGGCGAAACAAAUAAUUGUCAAAGCUUCAAGUAUUUUAAAUUUGGCUAGAGCUAAAAACAGUGACAAAACAAGAGUCCGAACAGAACAAAAGGCUUCAAAAGUUCUAGGAUUUGUAUUUGCUAUAUUCGUGAUGUGUUGGGCACCAUUCUUUGUUGUAAAUAUCUUAAGAGUGUUAUGCAAAGAGUGUGCCUUCAAUAAUGUAUUGCUCUCAACAUGUAUGUGGCUAGGAUGGAUAAGUUCAACAAUCAAUCCAAUUAUUUACACAAUGUUUAAUUGUACAUUCAAACAGACCUUCAUGAAACUCGUAAAAUGUCAGUUUGGUUUUUUACAGAAGCCCCACUGUAGUAAUAUGAAUACUUCGAAUAAAGAGCAAUAUGAUAUGAAUAUUCCUUUAUGAUACAUCAUACACUCGGUGAUUACAAAGUAUUAAGAGAUUAUGAAUUGAAGACACACUUUAUUUUCUCAGUUAAAGAAAA